GGGCGGAGGAAAGGAAGCUUCCGAGUGGAUAAGGGAAAAUGACAGACUACUUUGACUUGUAGCAGCGCGAUAAAUCAACCUCCGGUUAACAUCGCAGGGUUUUCCCCAAACGAGCUGAAGCUUCUGUGUCUGCAGUGAACGACAUAUGAGCACACGGUGGCGGACUCGUCGCUAAGUUUGUAUCUCCAUCACAGCUCUCGCACUUUCAGUAAAUCUGUCUGUCUGUGCCGAGUGGGUGGGUCAGGCGACUGGGAGUUGCAGGGGCCAUGCAUCAGGGGUGAGGGGGAUUUGCGUAGGGGGAAACACAACGUCAGGUGAGGAGAGCUCCGGGGCCGGUGGGUGUGGAGAUGAAGCUCAAACAGCGCAUGGUGGUGCUGUGUGCCGUGCUUCUCCUGCUGGGCCUGGCCAAAAUCUUCCUGCUGGAUGGAGGUGAAGGGUCUGCAGCCAACCGACAGGACCUCAGGGCGUUUCGCAAGAUGGAAGCUAGCCUCUCUCUGUCCCGCGGAGCUCGCCUCAUACACACCCUCCAGUCUCCGUGGGAGAUAGCAAGCCAAUGGGUGGGUCCAAGAGAGGUGUAUCCGGAGGAGACCCCAGAACUGGCUGCUGUGCUCACUGCCCUCAGCACGGCCAGGAUUGAACGGGCAGAUGUGGGCUAUAAGGGCACACAGCUCAAAGCCCUGCUUGUACUGGAUGGUGGACAGAAAGUGGUUUUUAAACCAAAAAGAUAUAACAGAGACUAUGUUGUUGAAGGUGAGCCAUACGCAGGGUAUGACAGACACAAUGCAGAGGUGGCAGCGUUUCACUUGGAUAGGAUCCUGGGCUUCAGGAGAGCGCCUCUCGUGGUGGGACGAUACGUCAACCUGCGUACAGAGAUUAAACCUGUGGCCACAGAGCAGCUACUGAGCACCUUCCUCAUGCAGGGUAAUAAUACGUGUUUCUAUGGAAAGUGUUACUACUGUCGGGAGAGUGAGCCAGCGUGUGCAGAGGGAGAGAUAAUGGAGGGAUCGAUAACUCUGUGGCUGCCUGACGUCUGGCCGCUGCAGAAACACCGACAUCCGUGGGGACGCACGUACAGAGAGGGGAAACUGGCCAGGUGGGAAUACGAUGAAAGUUACUGUGAGGCCGUGAAGAAAAUGCCUCCGUACGACGCAGGGCCAAGGCUGCUCGACGUCAUAGACACAGCCAUAUUUGAUUAUCUCAUCGGGAACGCUGAUCGGCAUCACUAUGAGAGUUUCCAGGACGACGGCGGCGCCAGUAUGCUCAUUCUGCUCGACAAUGCAAAGAGCUUUGGGAACGCAGCCCUCGAUGAGCGGAGCAUCCUAGCACCACUCUACCAGUGCUGCAUGAUCCGCGUGUCCACGUGGAACAGGUUGAACCUGCUCAGAGGUGGAGUGCUGAGCUCAGGUAUGCGUCAGGCUCUGGCGUUCGACCCGCUCCACCCAGUCCUGGCCGAGACGCACAUGGCGGCGCUGGACAGGCGUCUCUCUGGCGUCAUAGCGACUGUGAAGCAGUGCAUGGAGGCGCAGGGCCCCGACAACACUCUCAUAGAAGACCGAAUAAACCUCCCACAUCCCUAGAGACAAACCAGGGGGAGAAAAAUGGCGAAAGAAGGAGCAGCCAGGACUUAACUCCCUGAGCCUGGAGAAGAGGAGAGGGACAUGGAAGAGCAAAGAGAGGUGUUAAAGACGGAGACGCAGAGACCGAAGCUUUCCUUCUGCCCUCAUCCCUUCAUUGAUUGUCACUGGAUUCAAAGUAAAUCCAGUCAUGGAAACUUUUCUCUCAGGACUGUUGUGCAUUUGAAGAGAGUAAACUGCUGUGAGGACACCUCCAUCUACUACUGCUGUUAGAGACCACACUUCCCUCCCACUGACCACUGAGUCCACAUCUUGCUUUUGGAGUCGACCGUGAAGAAAAGAUUUAGACUCAUAAAAGAGGCGAGAAGGGAGGGAGGGAAGGAAGGAAGGAAGGAGGGCGGAAAGCACUUGACAUUUCCUUUGAGUCACAAACAUCUGGACGAGUCAUACUUUGGGCUGAACCUUUGUGUCAGAAGUGCAAAUUCUUUUCUUUUUCUCCUGUACAUAUUUAACUAAAUAGAGACAGAAUAAUGGGAAAAGAGAAUUGACAUCUGUGUAUAAUAAUAUUAAAUAAAUGUAAGGGUAUGAGUGUGUGUGUGUGUGUGUGUGUGUGUGUGUGUGUGUGUGUGCGUGUGUGUGCGCACGCGCGCAUUCUUGACUUGUCCCAAAAAUGACUUUCCCACUCAACUUAAUGUGUUUAAUUACAUUUCAUAAGAAGUGUAUUUUCGCAAAGAAAUUGACUUCUUUUUACGUGUACUAUGCAUAUAUAUAUAUUUUUUUUUUAACGGAAGUGUGUUUUAACCACGUGUGGUGUUUAUGGCAUUAAGAGGAAAUGAGGGUGAACAGAAAAGAAUAUUCUGAUUAUAUGUGUGGUCAGAUUUAAGCACAUGGUUCAGAAAAGUUCAUGUUUUAUUUCCUCGCAGCGUCUUCAUUCUACCACGUCGCAGGAUAAAGCACGGUAAACAUGACUCGUCAAUAUUUAUAACUUCUGAAUCUGCCAGUUAUUACUUAUUUAUGUACGUUUUAAACAUUUAUGUUCUCAAAACACUUAAAAUGCUGCUCGGUCACUAAAACGUGAUUUAUUUAUCCAGAACUCGCUUCUCUAUGUUUAUCUUGAAAGCUAACUGCACUGAAGUGCUGAAGCAAAAAGGCAGAACAUGAGUUUGGUGAAGGAGUGAAAAGAAAAGUGGACAAACAGAAAAGAAUCGGUGGCGUAUUUUAAAGUGAUUGAAUUUGAAUGUUGUUUCUUCGUGGUUUGAAAAGUGCUUGAAUUUUACAUCUAUAUUUCUAUCACGACACACACAGCAGCUAUGGGACGGAGUAGUUAGACGAGUAUGAGGUCGAGUCUAAUACUCACACACCAGUGACACAUUUUGUGACAUAAAGCUUCUUUAAUUGUUUAUUUUUAAUCACUGCUAUUGCAAAAAAAAAAAAAAAAUACAAUACCGGUUGCUUAUUUUAAAACUCUAUCUCUUGUAAUGUAGUUCUAAAAAGUGAAAUCAUUGUUUUGACUCUUUUUGUAUGAACAUGUUAUUUACAAUAGCUGUAAGGGGCUAAAAAGGCUUGAAAAUGGACAUUGAAAGUGCUUGAAUUUGACCUUUUAGAUAAGGUGUGUGGAGCCUCAUCGGACAUCGGCAACACUAAUCUGAAUAUACGUCAUUUACGUAAUGUAACAUUCAGUUAAGUUGUGUGGGAAUAUAAUAUAAUGUGUGUGUGUGUGUGUGUGUGUGAGAGAGAGUGAGACAAAGGGAGCCAUAUUGUGCCAUAAAUAAGAAAGCUACUGACGUGACAGGCUGGAAGUGAGGCGGCGCAGAGGUGAGGUGUGUGGGUCCAUCUUCAACAUUAAACUCUGAUCUAUUUCAUUGUG